ACUCACUAUUCUGCUGGUGAGGUCAUUGUUUAUAUACAUAUUCUGUAUCAUACUCCGGAGCUGCGCUCCCUCCUCUGCAGAUUUUGCUGGGUCACGCUCUAUUUUUGCUCCCUCUCCUCCUGUCGCUCUGGAUAGUUUCCAUGUCUUUCGUCUGUGAUGUUCCGGCCAAUUCUAGAGAGUUCCCGUUGCCGGGGGGGGGUCGGUAUAAAUAUAAGGCGCCGCUCGUCUCCUCAGUCUUUGCCGCCGUCAUGGACAUCACCAUCCAUCACCCCUGGAUGCGUCGUCCGGUCAUGGCCGCUCCGCUUCUCCCCAGCAGAAUCCUGGGCCAGAGGUUUGGAGAAGGGAUCCUGGAGACUGAUCUUCUGGCCUCUAUGAUCCCCCCAUAUUACCUGCGCUCACUGAGCAUCCCCCAAACGGAGUCCGGACUGUCCGAGGUGAAGCUGGACAAGGAUCAGUUCUCAGUUCUCCUGGAUGUCAAACACUUUUCGCCCGAGGAGCUGACGGUCAAGGUGGUCGGAGAUCAUGUGGAGGUCCACGCCAAACACGAGGAGCGGCAGGAUGAACACGGUUUCAUCUCCCGCGAGUUCCAUCGCCGUUACAAGCUGCCCGCGACGGUGAACCCGGCCGCCCUGACGUCUGCGCUGUCCGCGGAGGGUCUGCUGUCCAUCCAGGCUCCGGUCACUGACAGUGCCAAAGCUGAGGAGCGCAGCGUGCCUAUUGCCAGGAAGUAAAGCGGACCUCACAGUGCAGACUCCGGAGCGCCCCCUGGAGUGGUCGAUGUAAAUAUGUGGCGGUAUUAUGAGAUCCCGCGCAGUAUUGUGGUUCUGUCUGGAUGACUAUGUACUGUACGGUAUUAUAUCAGUCACACGAUGUCAUAGGGCGGUGACACCAUCACUGCGAGGUCUGGACCAGCUCCCUAUAUAGGACAGUAUGAAUGAGGACUCCAGGGGCGUCUCUACACCCCCCCCCCCCCAAAUAUAACACUGAUAUAAAGUUAUAGCGAAUAAAAAGCGUCCUUCACGUGUGUUGUCUCCUCCAUGGACAGAUGACAGCGCCCCCGGUGGGGGACGCAGACCAUUACACGUAUAAUUUGGCGCUGCCUCUGGGUUCCUGAGGUCUGUCACCGAUCACAGGGACCGUCCACCAUUAAAUGGGUUAUUAU